CUGUUCCGCCACCCCUGGCCCCGGGAGGGGACCUCGGUUACAGCUGGUUUGCACUGGGAUUAGCUGCUCUUUGCAUUCGCUUGUAGCUGUGGAUGUGGUUUCUGUAGUGAUGGGACCCAGUGCGGAGAUCUAUUGGCUGCUGGCUUUGUAAAUUCCAUUCAGUUUGGUCCAAUAGCAGAGGGGGACCGGGGAGACAUCGGGAGCUCUCUCUUCAAUCUCCCCUUUUCCUUGCAGACCCGUCUCUGUCUCUCAGCACAGAGCUCUUAUUCAGACCUCGGUCUGCCCUCCCUGCUCGGACUGUGUUGCUUGUUCUUCCCGACUCUUCGGGGGCAGACACGACGAAUUUCCUCCACAAGGACCAGCCGGUGGUCCCCACAUUCCUUUGGAUGAGCAGAUCUGCUUGGGAUUCGAGAGAAAGCAAGCACAGGCUCCUGGACCACACAGCCUCCCGAAUCCUACCCUCACUCAGGCUUCCCUAGAAAAAUCUGGAUGUGUGCAAAAGAACACUUGGAGCCACUGCAGCUUUGCCACGACUAAGAAGAUGACGGCUGGUGUGAUGCACGAAAUAACGCACGUGAUUGAUUAGGACCUGGCUGGGCUUCGCUGGGGAGCGACCCGGGCGCGCCGGAGACCCCGGGCGGAGACCCGAUGACGGUAGCUUCGAGCUGUUUCUGCAAAGCUGGGGAGCGGGCUCCGUGCCCCCCUUUGCCCGUAUCCUUUGGACCUGCUACCCAGGGUGAAUUGGAAUGGCCAUGAACGUCUUCAUGAGCCUCCAAACCUUCAGUUGUAAAGAUGAAAGUAUAUGGAGAGGGUUCCUUGAAACAUUAUCCUAGUGUGGGAUAUAUCAUUCCCCGUUCCACGCCUCGUAUUCCUCCAAAGGGACAAAGGUGUUGAGAUGGAAAAGACGUCAAGCGGAUGUCCGUGGAGGCAUUUCUAAAGGCGUCUUCCUAGAAGGACGAUGUAAUGGCGGACUGCUGGGCCUCGGACUGUUCCUAAGGAAUCCUCAGCCUUGGGAGGCGUCGGAUGGUCACCGCGUCCUUGGAGCCUCACACUUGCUGGAAUUCACUUCCAGGACCAAGAGAGGGCUGCCCUCUCUCGCAAUGGGCUGCCGAGGAAACAGCUGGCUUUGUUCUUAACCUCGGGCUCUGUCUAUGACCCAUCCCGGAGGCUCCUGUCCUGGGUCCUCGGCUCCCCGGAAAGCCCUCUCUGUCCGCAGGCUCGCUUCGCUGCUUCAUUUGCUUGGAGUUGUGUCCCCCAGGCCCCUGCGGAUGUGGCAGUGAACAAUGUCGAGACCCAAGGGACUGUUAUGGCUGCCAGUGUUCUUCACCCCAGUCUGCGUCAUGUUGAACUCCAACGUCCUCCUGUGGAUAACCGCGCUUGCCAUUCGGUUCACGCUCAUUGACAGCCAAGCACAGUAUCCAGUCGUCAACACAAAUUAUGGCAAAAUCCGAGGCCUAAGAACACCAUUGCCCAAUGAGAUUUUGGGUCCAGUGGAGCAAUACCUGGGGGUCCCGUACGCCUCGCCUCCCACCGGAGAGAGGAGGUUUCAGCCCCCAGAACCCCCGUCCUCGUGGACUGGAGUCCGAAAUGCCACCCAGUUCGCGGCCGUGUGCCCCCAACACCUGGACGAGAGGUCUUUGUUGCACGAUAUGCUGCCCAUCUGGUUUACGGCCAAUUUGGAUACUUUAAUGACCUAUGUUCAAGACCAAAAUGAAGACUGCCUCUAUUUAAACAUCUACGUGCCCACGGAGGAUGGAGCCAACACAAAGAAACACGCAGAUGAUAUAACCAGUAAUGACCGUGGUGAAGAUGAAGACAUCCAUGAUCAGAACAGUAAGAAGCCCGUAAUGGUCUACAUCCACGGCGGGUCUUACAUGGAGGGCACCGGCAACAUGAUAGACGGCAGCGUCCUGGCAAGCUACGGCAAUGUCAUUGUCAUCACCAUUAACUACCGGCUGGGGAUCCUGGGGUUUUUAAGUACCGGUGACCAGGCGGCCAAAGGCAACUACGGGCUCCUGGACCAGAUCCAGGCGCUGCGGUGGAUUGAGGAGAAUGUCGGGGCCUUUGGCGGGGAUCCCAAGCGAGUGACCAUCUUCGGCUCGGGCGCGGGGGCUUCUUGUGUCAGCUUGUUGACCCUGUCGCACUAUUCAGAAGGUCUGUUCCAGAAGGCGAUCAUCCAGAGCGGGACCGCCCUGUCCAGCUGGGCAGUGAACUACCAGCCUGCCAAGUACACUCGGAUAUUGGCAGAUAAGGUCGGCUGCAACAUGCUGGAUACCACGGACAUGGUGGAGUGUCUUCGGAAUAAGAACUAUAAGGAGCUCAUUCAGCAGACCAUCACCCCGGCCACGUACCACAUUUCCUUCGGCCCCGUCAUCGACGGCGAUGUCAUCCCGGAUGACCCUCAGAUCCUGAUGGAGCAGGGCGAGUUCCUGAAUUAUGACAUCAUGCUCGGCGUCAACCAGGGGGAGGGCCUCAAGUUUGUCGAUGGCAUCGUGGACAACGAGGACGGCGUGACGCCCAACGACUUCGACUUCUCCGUGUCCAACUUUGUGGACAACCUUUACGGCUACCCAGAGGGGAAAGACACGUUGCGGGAGACCAUCAAGUUCAUGUACACAGACUGGGCUGACAAGGAAAACCCGGAAACGCGUCGGAAAACCCUGGUGGCUCUGUUCACUGACCACCAGUGGGUGGCCCCUGCGGUGGCCACCGCCGACCUGCACGCUCAGUAUGGCUCUCCCACUUAUUUCUACGCCUUCUACCACCACUGCCAAAGUGAAAUGAAGCCCAGCUGGGCGGACUCAGCCCAUGGCGACGAAGUGCCCUAUGUUUUUGGGAUCCCCAUGAUCGGCCCUACUGAACUCUUCAGCUGUAACUUCUCCAAGAACGACGUCAUGCUCAGCGCGGUGGUCAUGACCUACUGGACCAACUUCGCCAAAACUGGUGACCCAAAUCAGCCUGUGCCUCAGGAUACCAAGUUCAUCCACACAAAACCCAAUCGCUUUGAGGAAGUGGCCUGGUCCAAGUAUAACCCCAAAGACCAGCUCUAUCUGCAUAUCGGCCUGAAGCCCAGAGUGAGGGAUCACUACCGAGCCACCAAGGUGGCUUUCUGGCUGGAACUGGUUCCACACCUGCACAACCUGAAUGAGAUAUUCCAGUACGUCUCAACAACCACAAAGGUCCCUCCUCCUGACAUGACCUCCUUUCCCUAUGGAACCCGGCGGUCUCCCGCCAAGAUAUGGCCCACCACCAAACGCCCAGCCAUCACUCCCGCUAACAACCCCAAACACUCCAAGGACCCUCAUAAGACAGGGCCUGAGGACACCACCGUCCUCAUCGAAACCAAACGGGAUUAUUCCACCGAACUGAGUGUCACCAUCGCCGUGGGGGCCUCCCUGCUUUUCCUCAACAUUUUGGCAUUUGCGGCUCUGUACUACAAGAAGGACAAGAGACGCCACGAGACGCACAGGCGCCCCAGCCCCCAGAGAAACACGACCAACGAUAUUGCUCACAUCCAGAACGAGGAGAUCAUGUCGCUGCAGAUGAAGCAGCUGGAGCACGACCAUGAGUGUGAAUCCCUGCAGGCUCACGACACGCUGAGGCUCACCUGUCCUCCAGACUACACCCUUACGCUGCGCCGGUCUCCGGAUGACAUCCCGCUCAUGACACCAAACACCAUCACCAUGAUUCCAAACACACUGACGGGGAUGCAGCCUUUGCACACGUUCAACACUUUCAGCGGAGGACAAAACAGUACAAAUCUCCCCCACGGACACUCGACCACUAGGGUAUAGCUUUGCGGUUCCCAUCCCCUGCCUCUGCUCCUGCCCGCUGGACAGAGGGAGAAAGAGAGAAGUAGCAUCUCCACACGAGGAAUGUUUGUCAUCCCACUGACUUAGGACAAAAAACAAAAAAGCUACAGGGCGGCCAUCGUGUCCCUGUGGACCCAUCCCAUUGGCAUUUCCCAGUAUUACGAGAUCAACUUCUGACCCUAUGAAAUGUGAAAAGUAUACAUUGCUGUUACGUCACGGCUUUAACAUCUCCAUCUCGCCCGCGAAUGCUUAGCGUGACUAGGACGUCGCCGUCUACAAAGGACCUGGAUGUUUCCAAUGUAACAACAGAAGCUGACACUUUGGGAACUCAGCCAGGGACGCCUACAAAAAAAAAAAAAUUUUUUUUUUAAAUUACAAUCGAAAAACAAAACAAAAAAAAGUUCUUUAUGUGCCAUACGACGGAUGGCUCUACUGGAGGAAAGAAAGAGUCUGUGUGGGCUUUUACCCAGCAUACGGAGCUGUAAUCCAGAGAGAAGGAAAAGUAGGAUUUUAUUAUUAAAAGAGCUGACUAUGUAGUAACGUACGUAUAGUUCCGUGCAAAGAGAUGUUUUGCCAGCCUGGACUAUAUUUAAGAAACUUUGUAAAAAAAAAAAAAAUGUAUAUAGCUGUGAGUUUAAACAAACACACACACAGAGGAAAAAAAAAAAAAAAAAACCCGACCAACAACAACAAAAAAAGCUUUUAUUGGUGUUUUGAGUUUGAAAGAGCUUUUAGCAAGUUUGUGAUUUCCAUUGUGGUCUGUAUGUAUAUAAAUAUAUAUAUACAUUAGUCAUUCACCUCUGUUUCCUCCCGGACACAGGAGGGUUUUCUUCUUAAUUACCCGUGGUAAGCGAAGACAUGGGGCUUUUCUAACGCGUUGCGUUUGUAGGAGGAUGUGUGGUGUCACACAGCGGACCCAGACUGUCUGUGUGCGGUGGGGCUCCUUCCCCCCUCCCCCUUUGACGGGUUUCACAAGUGCAUGCGACAGCAUCCUUAGGAGACCGUUGUUUUAGAAUAAACUUUUAUUUCCCCGGGUCACCCUUCAUGAAGUUGCAACACCAGGAUGGAUCCCCGGCGUGGAGUCUGUUUAAAAGCUCGUGGAAUUAGGAACACGCACGCACAGAGCGACUGCAGCGAAAACAAAAUACAGACCUCGGUCUGUGGUUGUGGUUCUUUGAAUAUGUUCAGGGAGAGUUGCUUCCCACCCCAGGGUCCUGCCAAAAAGCGAAGAAAGCUUGCCUUUGGUGGGGCUGUGCCCUGCCGAGUAAAUACGGCUCACUGUUCCGCAGCAGCUGCAGAAGGCGAAGGCGGGCGGCCUACCUGCUUAGAUUAGCUAAUCAGAGGGAAGGACGGCAUGCGUCUUUCCUUCUUCUUAAUCCAAGCACUAAGUCCCUUAUUUAUCCGUAAGCAAGAUUUUUUUCUUCCCCCUUUAUUCUUUAUGUCAUUUACCGGAUGCAACAUACGCUUGUCUGAAAGUAACGGCUUUUCGUGGACUUGUGUCUCAGUCACUGAGCAGUGACCGUGGCAGACAGAAUAGAAACCCACAGGAAAAGACAGAACGUGAUUUAAAAAGUGCUUGAGUUUUCCGGGAAGUUAGCAUAGCUCUCGCUGUCGAGGUGAGAUACGGAAAUCAUUCACCCAUUCGCAACUGGCGAGCUGGGGACCAGAGAUCUGCCCUCCAGCACCUUCCCCUGCUCCCAGUGUCCUUUCGGUUCCCCCAAAGGAAGAGUCUGAGUGCCACAAAGUGGAAGGAAAACGUAGCCCUGCUUGUAUUUUGUCUUUCAAGAAUUAUUGUGACAUCACGAAAUAGCAGCCAAAGAUAUUAGAAAAUAACCGUCUCUGGGCUUGACCGUGGUUAUUUUGGAAACCCAGGCUUGAAAGUCAUUGCUAAGGUGAGGAUUCUCCACAAAAAUAGUCCGACGUCCUUGCCCCCCUCCCCUCCAUCCCCCUCAACCCCAGCCCUAAAAGGAGCAGCCUUUGCCUACUGAACCCCUACACGGAACAAAACCGUAGUGAUCUACAUCAACGUGUCCGACCACUUGCCCUCUCUAGACAAGGACAGUCCUUAGACAUGCAUAGACGUCUACACAAUCAGAUUCUGUCGUUCAUCUGGGUUUAAAUUUGAGAGUGGUUCUCUGUAUAUACGUAUGUGAAAUAUGCUAAUCCCGACUUUGCACAUGGUGAAACCACACUCCUCUCCUGCAGCUAGCUACAGGUGUCACGGAUACGAGUUUUGUCCCCAAACCAUCACUUUCUGAAGCUAUCGUCAGGUCAUUUCUGCAAGCUAUGUAUUUGCCCCAGCUGGGCUCCAGCAAAUAGGCUCUCUCCAUAAAACUACAUGGGAAGUGAUGCUUGGCAUCAGUGUGGGUCCGGUAUGUUUGUAAUGUGAAUUCCAAUAUUUGUUUAGUAUUUCCAAUUGUCUUCUGCUAGCAAUAUGCACACUAAUGUGUCAGGCUUGUGACAUUUGGAUAAGGAAAAAAAAAAAAGAGUUCUUGUUAAGUGAAUAACUUUAGCUUUUACAGAGGAUAUGAUCAAAAGAAAUUUAAUACACCUUAAAUAUCUUAUUUCUACAUGGAAAGAAGUUAUAGAAUCUUCAUAGAGUUCUAUGAGAAUAAAAUAUACUUGCUAUCUAUAAAAAAGAGAAAAAAGAGAAAAAAAAAUGAGGAAAAAAUAAGUAAAAAAAAAAACCACAAAAAAAAAAAAACUUUCCUAGGCUUUUAUUCUUGACCUUCACAGGCACGCAGGGUUUAAUGGUUUCUUGGGUUAUUAUUUUGCGAUUUUGUUUUUGAUUUUGCCUUAAGUAAUGAUAGAAGAUAUAUAUGGCUGGACACAUAUGUAUAAACUUUUCAGCAGCAUUUUUAAUAAUAAAAUAUCACAGUAUUUUCUAAUGCUUUGUGCAAAUAA